GUUCAGUGUGAGAGAUAAACUCAACGAGAAAAGGAAUAAAAAUACGAAUAAGCAGGCAUCCAUUUAAUAAUUCUAUAAUAUUAACACAGAAAAUUUAUAUUCAUAAAUGAAAAAAGGGUUGUAGUUAAAGGUUAAUUACCAAAAGGAAUUAAAAGGAGGUCCAAAGGAGUUUGAGAAAUCAAUUCAGAAGUUAAAGUAAGAAUAAGCUGUAUUUGAUUUUGACGAAAAAAUCGAACCAGCAGCAUCAAACAAGAACGCUGUACUGAACAACAUGUAAGCAGCUCGCAUUAUGAACCAAAUUCCAAUAAAACAGCGCAAGUUUUGAGACGUAUUUACAGAUAAUUUUCAAAGUACGAACGUGUCAUAAUCGCUUAAAGUUUCAGUCAUAAAAAUAAAUUUUUCGAUCACAUUUUUGUGCAAUCAUAUAAAGUUCGCCAUCGAUUAGAACAAAACGACGGCGCAAUUCCGUUUGAAAGCAGAAAAAACCUUGAAAAUAGGGAAUGAAGAAAGCGAGAGUAAUAAAAUUAGGAAACGGAUGUGAUGAACUGAGGAGAAGAAAAAAAGAAACACAUAUAAGCUGCCUAGCAAAUGGUACCUUAAUGAGUGUGUCGAUAAGAAACGCACGAAUCGCGUACAAAAAAUGUGUUGUAGGCAUCCCAAGUGAGAUAGUAUAUACAAAAUGAAAUAAAACUAGCAACAGUAUAUAAUAUAUGUUAUACGAAAUACAUGAGACCCAUGUCUCUCAACAACACACUGCAUACGAUCACUUUAAUACAGCACUGUUUACAGAGGUAGCAGAAUUUGGAGGGAAAAUGAACGAGCAAGAAUAAAAAGAAUUACAUUGGUAAUCCCGAACUUUUCCGUACCGUUGGCCUGCGUUGUCCUGUCCGUUGGUACUUUUGGUUAUUUUUUGUGAACUUUCUUGAAAUAAAGGCAGUGAAAAUAUAAUAAUAAAAAUAAAGUGAAAAAUCGGUCACUUUAACUAAAACUUCGACAAUUCUGUAUGAGAGGUACCCGUAAACCGAUUCUCAUUGGCUUUAAACUUUCUGAGGUUUCAUUUUUUGGAUGGGUACCUCCCAUACAAAAUUGUCCAAAAAUCGGGAAUUUUAGUCAAAAUUUCAAAAAAUUUGUAUGGGAGGUACCCGUCAAUCGAUUCCGAUUGGUUUCAAACUUUCAGAACUUAUUUUUCUCCCAAAAAAGGAAAUCCCAGAAAGUUUGAAGCCAAUCGGAGUCGAUUUACAGGCAGGGAUCGAAACCAAACCAAACCGAAUAUUUGGUUUGAGUGUGUGAACAAACCAAACCAUUCGGAACGUUCUGAAAAAUGGUUUGUAUGGCACACAGAAACGUUUAUGCUUACGUGUAUUAGUAAACGACACUAACACAGUGACAACCCGCUUGAACGUUGCCCAUACAAACCAUUCUCAGAACGUUCCGCUUGAUACGGUUCGCUCCGAUGAACAGAGAGCAAAGCAGUGAAACCGUUCCGAAAUCGGUUUGUAUGAGAAACGUCAAACCGUUUUCGAUCCCUGUUUACAGGUUCCUCCCAUACAAAAGUGUCAAUUUUUUGAGGUUUUUCUUAGGCAAGUACCCCAGGGUCAAAUCGAAAAUGGCUCAUCUUCGAACUUAAACUAAGUUUUUCGAACACAAAACUUUUGGCAUUUCCAGACUUUGAUUAUCUCAAUUAUUUUUUGAGUUAUCGUGUUAACAAACAGCUACGACGACGACGACGACGACGACGACGACGACGACGACGACGACGACGGCACACGAACGGAAAAGUGUCUAAAAAAGUGGUUUUCUACGCGUUUCAUGAGUUUUUAUGAUGAUCUAAGCUAAUUUUGCGAAAAAAAAAUUCGGGACCAAUUCCUAUACUUUCCCUUGACACGCUGUGUACGGAAAAGUAAAAAACAAAGUCAUAAAAAUUUACAAGAGAAUUCAAAACAGAAUACAUGAGACCCAUGCUUUCGUAUAUGUACGUUCGACGCCAGAAAAUAGCGUUUAUGCUCUUGUAUUCGUAUUGCGUUGGCUUACUGAUUCCAUUUGCACACAUGGUGUCACGUCGUUGUAGCGCGAGUCAGUAUUCGGUUGGACGUGCAGUCGGCAAGACCCAUAAGUGUGGAGUGUGAAUGAAGUUGAAAUUUUUAGCUAUAUUUGGCGCGUUUUUAUAUGGAAAUAUUCAUAAAUAUUUAUGGGAUAAAUUUUUUUUUUACCAAGAGAGCAAAUUUAUAAUAUUACUAUACACAAGUGUGUCUCUUCAGUUUAUAAAAAUACUAUAAAUAUUUUCGAGACGACCAAGAAAUUCAUAUAAUCAAAUGGUUUUGAAAAUGCAGUGAAGUUUUGCUUUCGACAAAAGAGAUAAUAUUUAAAGUUUGGGUAUAAAACAAUAUUGCAAACCUUGUAAUUGAGUUAAAUUGUUGAAUAUUUUGAAGAUAUAAAUGAGUGAGUGCAAAAGUGAAACAUAUUUUGGCAAUGUGUAUGAGCACAGUUGCCACCUGCAUAUUCAAUCGGACCGUAUAAAUUAGCCGUGCAAAUGAGUGGACUUUGAUAGUUCAUUGUAUUACGUGUGGUGUUGCGGACAAAAGAAAGCAAAAAAAAGAAUACUAGAAGAAACGAAAGAAAAAAUCUAGGAAGAGAAUAGGAAAAAACGUGUACAACAAAUCGUAGAGUCACUCUAACACGUGUAAAGCCGUAUGUGAUGGAAUAGCACCGCGAAUAUUUACUGUUUAACAAGAGAAAUUAUUGGGAAAAGAUGUCGUCGAAUUGGAGGCCCGUGCUAAAUAACUACCUCAACGUUUUUGAGGCCCAAACCACAACCGCUUUAGAGGAGAUCAAUGCGGUGUUGUCGCGAUCUGGACAAAAUAUUGACCAUCGAAUUAAAGAUUAUUUCAUGAAAAGCGUCAAAAGUCGCUUGGAGCAAACGUUGGAUUUUUUUGAUAUUCAAAACACUUCGCAAGUGCGUGGAAAUACUGCUAAAAAUGCACCCAAUUGCAACGAUGAUGACAAAAUCGACAAAAAUCACAUGGAUUCGGAUUCAAGCGAUGGAUUUGAAAUACUAGAAAAUAAAAUAAAAUUGGAAACGGUUGAAUUGGUCUCUACGAGUAAUUCAAAUUCGAGUGAAACUCAAUUUGAUGCAACUCAGCCCAUGACAUACGAACGAAUCAACUAUCGUCCAUCGUUGGAUUCAAUUGUUUCCGAUCACCGUUCAACAUGUUCGCCGAGCACAUCAAAUCAACCGAUGCUGUCCCCAGUCACACCUGAUUCAACGCCAAAUUUAUCGCCGGAUUUCAAUAUAGAUCACAUCAAAAGAGAACCAAUUGAAAUGGAAUUUACGAAAAUAUACGAUCAUGACGAGUGUGUUGUUAAAAUGGAAGAUGUGCCAAUAGACCCAAUGGAAAUGAACAAACGUAAUGGAUUACCAAGUCGAUGCAGUUUCGAACGUUCCGUUUCACAAAUAUCCGAGUCACAACCUCUUAAACGACAACAAUCAAUGGAUGUUCAAAGCGAAAUGAAUAAACGACCCAAAACAACUGAAGAAAUACAAUUGAGAGAGCCCAGUCCAAUGUGUUUGCCUGUGUUCGAGGAGAAAAGUGUUGUUUUUGCCUGUUUUUAUUGCCACAGUCAGCCGAGCUACUUUGUCGACACAUUUUCUGAAGUGUUCAACCAUUGGCAACAGAGUCAUGGUGCGUCGCCCUUUCGGUUUUUUGCCGUUGGAAUGGCCGCAUGUUUCUAUUGCGGCAAAGUAGAUGUGUUCCCAAAUCUUCAGGGUCAUCACAAGCACCAACAUAAUAAGGAAGUAUUCGUUGUAGUCGACAGACGAGAUCGAUCAAAAUGUGGAUUGUGCCAGAAGGAUUUCUCGGCAUCGGAGAUGGUUGUUCAUUUUAAAUCGCAGCAUGAUCCCUGUCUCCUCAUGGGCAUUAACAGUCCCGUAUGUUUUACUCAACAUGAAAUUGAGCAGCUCAUGUCAAUAAAUCCUGGCCGAAAGUUGCCUGCUCCCGUUGGAUUCAUGUGUGGCCAUUGUAAUGUCACGAAAAAGACCAAUGAAAUUUCAUUUCUGCAGCAUAUUGAACAAGACGCCUUCCAAUACAAGUGUACAAUAUGUACAGAUGUGGGCAAAAGCAUACAAGAAAUAGCCCACCAUGAAGAGACUGUUCAUAAUUUAAAAAAUCCCGCCGCAAAACAUGCAAAUGGCCUUUUAGGUCGAUUGGAACGGUAUCAUUUGCGAACUCGGAUCAUUUUUAACAAUGGCCUCGUUUUGUUCAAACACAAUGUAUUGCACACCAAAUUCGAUGACCGCAGUGAAUUUUGGCCAAUCAGAGAACGGCUGGUCAAACAAAAGUACACCGAAAGUUCAAAACCAACAACCAAAAUUGAUGUAACGCUUCCGUCAACCAGGAUACCAUUCGCUUAUCGGAAUGAACUAAAUAGACAGCGAACAUAUCGCAAUAAUUUAUGCAUUCGGGGUAUCACAACGAUUUCAAGCGAUGAAGUUUUACGAAAAAUUUUCGCAAAUAUUUGCAUUGCCAUGGAAAUGGACACCGGAUCAUCAUCGGAUGGCAUCGAUAGCAUUUUUCAACGUGCCGGCAAAGAUAUCAUCGUUCGGUUUAAGAAAUGGGAAUUAAAGAAGAAUAUUCUCAAGCAAUGGGAUCAAAUGAGCACCGUUGAUAAAUUGGUGAAGUUAAAACCACUCAAAUUGAUUGAGCCAAAAAUUGAUUUGGCAGCAAUUGAAGUUCAAAAUGAUUUGACCGAUUUCUUUCGAUUGCUUUGGCAAGACGCUCAGGAAGCCAAAGAUAAACAACAAAUUUAUUCAUUUUGGAUAUCAGAAAAUGGACUCAGUCUUAAGUGCACGUUCAAAAGCAAAAGCGAGAUUAUUUGGUCCAAGUCAGACCUCAUCAAAGCAAUCCGUAGAGUUUAAUUUUGAUAGACGGCGCUAAUAUUGAAUCAAUGGAAAAUCUCAACUAAAUCAUUUAAUAGCAAUAGAUUGGAAUGGUUAGUUUUAUUUCUUGUGAACAUUUUGAUCAAAUACAUUGACAAAUAGAGAGAAGUUGAGAGAAAUUACUUAACAAUAAAUAAAAGUACAAUUGAACGUGUUAAAAUAGAUAUAUUACGAUACAGUCAGUGUGAUUUUACCGCCAUAACCAGCAACCUUCCUUUCAAAUCAGUUGUAGGUUUCUUACCUUACUUUUUUACUCAAAAGACAACAAGAAUUCAAUAUAUUUUAUAUCUUGUUCAGCUUAUCAUAAGAAUUAUUGGGCGAAAUUUCCGACAUUACUUUUAUUUUGUCAAAAAAAAAUCUUGAACUGUUUUCUAUAAUGGAGAACAGAAUAGAAAUUUCGUUGGACUAGACGUAGACUUUCAAUUGCCCAAUUUUCAACUAGUGUUUUCAAAAACGCCAAACUUAUCGCAUUUGACGUCGGAACAACAUUCUCAAAUGAAACAAAAUGCUAUUUCAACGCUUUUUUGUAUAUAAAAGUUGAAAGGGCUGGGACAUUAUCUUUAUUUCCAUUGAUUAGAAUAAAAUAAUGAAUCGACAAAAAACGAGAUACACAUUUUUUUCUAUUUUGAAAACAUAAAAUUUGAUUGAUUAAUUGAGAUUCCAUUUUGUAAUCUUUAAGAAGUUACUUUUAAUUCCUGUAAUCUUCCAUAUUUUUUUCUUCUCAGUUGUUUUUUCCAUGUCAAUGGCUUCACAACGUAAUCAGUUCACACUAUGAACUAUACAGAUAUACAGUGCAUGCACACAAUAUACCGAAGACGAUUGAUACGUCUCCAGCAUUGAGAUGAUGCGGCGAUAAAAAUAGAAUGGGUUAACCGUUAACCCGAUGCAAACAAAAAACCGAGACAUUGAAAGGAUAUCGUGGUCUGGUUCAAGCAUCGGUAUAACGAAUAAAAAAACGGAGAGUAACAAUACCACUCAUGAUUUUUCCGGAAUGGCAGCUACAAAUUAGGAAAUGAAGUUAUCAGAAGAAAAAUGCAUAAAAAUCUGAUUUCCAUCCAAUCAAUCUUGAAUAAUUUUUUUUUAGCUAGUUGGUCGAAAAGGACCAUUUGCAAUUUUUUUUUAAUUAAAAAUGUUAUUACUUUCCAAGCUUAUAGCGAAGCGACAAUGGUGGAAAUAUUAUAUUGAGACAUGUUGCCAACAUAUCUUUUGUUUUUGAGUAGAUGACAUUCCGUGAAUUGAAGAACUUUGAAAACGAAAAUAAUUACUAUGUCAAACAGGCUUUUGUCACAUAUGCCAUAUUGUUCAAGACGUAAAGGAUUUUGAUUAAACUACAAAAAAUUAUCAGCGGCAGUCUGAUGUUGAAGUGCAGUGAUGGGAGAAUAAUGAAGCGUUGGAAAUUGAUUUUCAUUGUUUUUCACACCCAUGUGACACGUACAGUGUAGUAUGUAAAGCGACUGGAGAUUAAUACAGGAAACACUUAUAGUGGAUGUAUGUGGCAGAUUUACACAUGAUUUUUUUUCACUUUACAACCGAGAUAAUGAAACGAUUUUGCAUACAGAAUGAUAAUCUCUGCAGUUGACUCUCUGAAUUUUGCAGCAUUACUCGAAUCAAUUCUGUAUUAGGUGUAAAUAGAAUGCGAAGAGAAUAAUUCAAGCAAAAUGCAUUUAGCAAACAUAAUUUAUUGCCACGCUUACUUCCGUAUAGAAACCACUCAAGUAAUUUCGAAAAAUUUAUUGAAAUUAUUGUUCUAAAUAAUAAAACUUGUUUUUUUUCUUCUUUAAGUCGAUGAAAUUAGGAGUUAAAAUUAGGAAAUAUUAGUGUAAAACUAUAGAAAUAAUGGAAAUAAACAAGAAUAGUAUAACAUAAUAUUUAUCGAAUAAAUGAAAUUUUAUACA